AUGGCUGGUCUUAGAAGGAUAGAAUUUGUUCAAUCACAAAAAGGUUCACCACAAGUAAUAUUGGAUGGAUUUUUAUUUGCAAAGAAUCGCACCAGAGGGGAAAGUGUUCACUGGAGAUGCGUGACAAAAACGUGUACCGGGAAAUGCACCACUGUCGGCGAAUUUGUACGGAACACAUCGGAACACAACCAUCUUCCAAAUGAUCCGAAUGUUGCUCGGUUUAUCAGCAUACUGCGGAAGCGAGCAAGAGAAGAAACAACACCUAUGCAGCAAAUAUACAAUGACGAGGUUGCAAAGCAAGCAUUAGAAACUGUUCCUCAUUUGCCUUCCUUUCCCAGUAUGAGCAGUGCACUGUACAGACAGAGACGAGUUCUGAUACCUGCCCUACCACAGACUAGAGCCGAUGUCAUCCUAGAAGAACCAUGGACACAGACAAAUGACGGAAGACGCUACCUGUUAUUUAGCGAUGGAAAUGAAGAUAACAUGCUUGUGUUCUCUACAGAUGAGCAAAUCGUAACUCUACAGGCUGCAGAAUCCAUUUUUAUGGACGGAACUUUCUCUUCUUGUCCAGCAUUGUGGAACCAAUUAUACAUCAUACAUGCUAUGGACGGAACCACUAUGUAUCCCCUUGUGUUUGCUCUUCUUCCCGAUAAACAGAGGAUAACAUACAUUAGACUGUUCAGUUUGUUGAAAAAUGAAGUUCAACAAUUAUUAAACCAACCCCUUGCUCCAAGUAAAGUUCAGACUGAUUUUGAGAUGGCUGCAAUCCAGGCAGUUGAGACGGAGUUUCCGCAAGCUGAAGUAAAAGGGUGCUUUUUUCACUUUACACAGGCCAUUUGGAGGAAAACUCAAGAACUGGGUCUUGCUGUUUUGUACAAAGAAGAUCCAGCUGUACAGACAUGGAUUCGGAGGGCUGCUGGACUACCACUUUUGCCCAUUGCACAAGUACAGGGUGCAUGGUUAGAAGCCAUGAAUGACGGACCUGAUGUUCCACAGGCGGAGGCAUUUAAUGAUUAUGUUGUUUUAACAUGGGUAGACGAUGACUCCAGAUUCCCUUUGAUUAUAUGGAACCAUCAUCUGACCACUGGCCCAAGAACAAAUAAUAAUCUGGAGGGAUUUCAUUCCAGAAUGAAUCGUUCAAUCCAAGUUCAUCAUCCAAACAUAUACCGAUUUGUAGAAUUAAUCAAAGGAAUAGAGACCUCCGAACGUGCUAAAUUGAGACAGAUAAACUUUGGAGCUGCCCCACCACCAAGAAAGAGAGUGUAUAAGCAGAAUGAAAAUAGAAUCGUGAGAUUGAAGGCGCAACUAACCCUUGAACAGAAAACGCCCAUUCAGUUCUUGGAUGCCGUUGGACAUCUGUUAAAAUUAGUAUAA